AUAAAUAUAUGAGUGUUAUUGUUAUUGUUGUGUGAGAAGUGUGUUGGGCCCCGCGGUCUCUCACUCUUGUGUCUCCCCUGGCUGUGUGUGUCUCUGGCAGCACUCUUGUGUCCGGAUUACACAACGUGUUGCAAUUAUGUAAGACGUGAGGAUGUGCCAGGAGUGUGUUAAAGAAGAAUAUCCAGACAGGGGUACAAUCUGUCUGGACACUGGGACAUACUUGGCAAAUCUGCAAGGGUGCCAAGGCUGCGGCCACAAGGAUACACUCAGUGUGGUCAACAGGACCACCUCAAAUGCUCUGGAUUCACCACAAGAAGUUAUUGAAUAUGACCAUAUUUGUGGGAAUUGUAAUCAUGUGAUUGCCACUCAUGGGCACCGCUUCUGGGUUGAAGAUGACUAUCAAUAUUAUGAAAUGAGCUGCAUGCUGUGUGGGGAGGCAGAGGACACGCGAUCGUGCUACCCCAACGAUCCACGCAUGGAAGCCUCCCUAUUCUAGAAAUACUGAAAUACUGAUGUAUGGAACAGGACAUUUUAGAAAGUACCGUAUAUGAGUUAGAUGUUGUGGGGCAUAAUAUGAGUUGUCAUUAAGAUGUGUUCACAUGUAUGUAGUGCAUUUGGCUGGGUUAAACUUAGUUUUGAUUUUAUUAGAACACUAAUUAAGUUGCUGUGUUUUAACCUAGAACAAGUGCAGUGUGCUACAUGAGCAACAGUAGAGUAAAACAGUGAUGAGUAUAUUAGUACAGUAAUGAAGAGUUCUAUUAAAUUAUAUAUUACCUACAGUAAUUACUUAUCUUUUCCUAUUACAGUAGUAAGAAGUAAUUAGUUCAACCAAGGUGGUGUAGUCAUUUGUUUAUCUGGCUUGCAAGGUGACAUGUUGACCAAACCACACACUAGAAAUUCGAGAGACGACGACUUUCGUCUCACAAUCGAUUUUCGUCUCACAAUCGACUCGAUAAUGGUCUAGGAUGGACAGAAAUGUCGUCGUCUCUUCAAUUUCUAGUGUGUGGUUUGGUCAACAUUUUUCAGCCACAUUAUUGUGACUCAUCAUCUGCAGUGUAACAUGUCAGUUUGUUCUGGAAAGGAAGGGAACUAUCAGGGAAAAGUACCAAGUCAUUACGACUAUAUAGCACUGGGAAGGGGGUCAGGAUAAGGAUAUGGGACGGGACGGGGGGAAGGAAUGUUGCCCAACCACUUGGACGGUCGGGGAUUGAAUGGCAACCUGUAUGACGCGAGACCGUCGCUCUACUGUCCAGCCCAAGUGGCUGGAGCUGGUCCUAGGGUAUAACACGACCUCAAACAUAACUGGCCAUUGUACACCACCAAUAUCUUAGUCAUCUGUCUUUUUAUCUUGAGCUGGUGCAGUCAUAAAUUAUAUCGUUAUAAAUUAUUUCCAUUUCUCAUAGUUCAUAUUGUUGGCAAAGACUUCCUUCUUCCAAACUGUGCUCUGACUUGUACUUGUUUUCAGUACUUGUGUUGUGUGGGCUUCUCAGGAGCAAUAAAACAUCUUAAUAAUUAGCUACUAGUAAACACUGUACUGAAUAAAAUUAUUUUUCUUAUUAAGUUAUUA